UCCGGUAAUUGUUAUACAUAGAUACUGAUACAGCAGCAGAGGGGUGUGGAUCUGUGGAAAGAAAAGAGAAAGGAAAGUAGCAAGAUCUCUAUCUCUCUUUCUUCUCCUCCGUUUACUUGUUGUUUACUUGUUGAAUCGGAGGAAGAAAGAGAAGAACAUGAAGACGAAAAGUUUAAAGAUUAUUAUAUUUCUCAUAUUGAUCAACACAAUAACCCUCUUUCUCUACUUGUCAUCUCACCCCGACUACUUGAAACACCGCUCACCUCCCUCUCCCCAGCAAGCCCAUCAUCAUUUUUCUGGGUUUUCUCAAAUCAAUUCUUCAACUAAGCCCUGGCCCAUUCUCCCCUCUUAUCUCCCCUGGUCUCAGAACCCUAAUGUUAAGUUUGGAUCAUGUGAGGCUUAUUUUGGUAAUGGUUUUACUCGACCCUUUUAUCUUCUCAACUCCUCUUCGGGUUCCGAUGGUUGGUUUCGGUGUUUCAAGAGUGAUACUUUGUUGACUUCUAUUUGUGAAGGUGGGAUUAUUAGAAUGAAUCCGGCUAAGAUUAAUAUGUCUCAUGGUGGUGAGCUCUUGGAGACUGUUAUUGGCAGGGAAGAGAAUGAUGAGCUGCCUGUUUUCCAGCCCGGAGCUUUCGAUAUUCUGGUUCAUAACAAGGCCAAAUUUGGGGAUAAGAUUAUAACUCCCUAUUUGCUUCAUCGUGUUUUUCCGCAAGGGGAGGUUAUUAGGCACACUAUGCGCAGCUUGUUGAAUUCCAUUCGCUUGGUUUCACCUGGUGACUUUCAAUGCUCUGAGUGGGUUGAGGAGCCAACACUUUUGGUUACACGCUUUGAGUAUGCAAACCUAUUUCAUACAGUUACAGAUUGGUAUGCUGCAUACGUGGCUUCUAGAGUAACUGGUUUGCCCUAUCGUCCUCAGCUGGUGUUUGUAGAUGGUCACUGCAUGGCACCCUUGGAAGAAACAUGGAAAGCGAUGUUCUCAAGCCUAAGAUAUGCUAAAAAUUUUAGUGGACCUGUUUGUUUUCGCCAUGCUAUCCUUUCACCUUUAGGAUAUGAAACUGUCCUAUUUAAAGGGCUGACUGAAGACGUAGAUUGCCAUGGAGCUUCUGCUCAUGAUCUGUGGCAACAGCCUGAUGAUCGAAAAACAGCUCGCAUAUCUGAAUUUGGAGAGAUGAUAAGAGCUUCCUUUGGAUUUCCUGUGGAUAGGCACCAAACUUCGAAGCCCGAUGCAGGUCUAAAUGUUCUCUUUGUUCGGCGUGAGAAUUACUUGGCUCAUCCACGCCAUGCUGGUAAGGUUCAAUCAAGGCUCGCCAACGAACAAGAGCUUUUUGAUUCGUUAAAGAUCUGGGCAUCAAAAGAUGUAGAUUGCAAAAUAAAUUUAGUCAAUGGGAUAUUUGCCCAUAUGCCGAUGAAAGAUCAGGUCCGAGCAAUUCACGAUGCCUCGGUCAUUAUUGGGGCUCAUGGAGCUGGCCUCACUCAUAUAGUGUCAGCCUCACCGAAAGCAGUUAUUCUAGAGAUCGUUGCUGCUGAGUUUAUGCGCCCGCAUUUCACGCUUAUUGCAAAAUGGAAAGGAUUAGAGUACCAUCCUAUAUUCUUGUCAGACUCUUAUGCUAAACCUUUAAUUGUCAAACAAAAACUUAGUAGCAUCCUGAAAACCCUUGGAUGCUAAGGAUAUGUGAUAGUUUAGACGAGAUACGUUUAACCCUUGAUUAGUGGUGAGUCUGGUGUUAUAUGGAAAGAUCAGAAUUUGAAAAUGGAAGUCAUGUGCUCAAAUUAGCAAGAAUCCUGUAAGGUCUGCUCGGCUCUGCUACUGCUCCUUUGGGGAACACCGACUGGUUACUAUUUUCUGUGAGAUAGAAGAUGAAGCAAAACAUUAAGCACACGGCAUGUGUGAUUCUACAAACCAUUUUGGUUUGGUGCCGAGUUUGGGAGUCUAAACUAAGGCAGAUGGUGAGUGAAUUUAGUGUUGGUCUUCGCAAGUAGGAAACAGGCAUCAGGCAUCGAUGUUUUCCACCCAGUUGUCCUACAGGUAAAUUAGUUAACGAUUUUGGAGUUUUUUUUUAUAUAUUAUUUGAAGAGCAUUGUGAUUGUAACUAGAGUUCAGAACAGUUGUGAGGUUGCUGAUCCUGGUCUCUUUGGUGAGGAUUUAGUGACCAGUAAUUACCUUGCCCCACGUACUACAUGUUGUAGGAUAUACAUUUUUAAAUUUUCUUGAAAUCAAUGUCGAUAUUAUUAUCCAAACA